CGCCGGCGCGCCGGCGUGCGGCGCGUGCGGCUGGGACCUUUGGUCGGGGUUGUCGAGGUCGCGCAGAGCUCUGAGCUCUGCCCUCUUUGACAGCCCCCCAGUGCGAACAGCUGUCGUCAUGUCGUCGGUGAGCCCCAUCCAGAUCCCCGGACGCCUCCCGCUGCUGCUCACCAACGAGGGCGUGCUACUGCCCGGCUCCACCAUGCGCACCAGCGUAGACUCGGCUCGCAACCUGCAGCUGGUGCGGAGCCGCCUGCUUAAGGGCACGUCGCUGCAGAGCACCAUCCUGGGGGUGAUCCCCAAUACGCCCGACCCCGCCAGUGACGCGCAGGACCUGCCGCCGCUGCACAGGAUUGGGACGGCUGCCCUGGCGGUUCAGGUUGUAGGCAGUAACUGGCCCAAGCCUCACUAUACUUUGCUGAUUACAGGCCUGUGCCGUUUCCAGAUUGUACAGGUCUUAAAAGAGAAGCCAUAUCCCGUUGCUGAAGUGGAACAGUUGGACCGGCUUGAGGAAUUUCCCAACACCUGUAAAACUAGGGAGGAGCUAGGAGAACUAUCAGAACAGUUUUACAAAUAUGCAGUACAAUUGGUUGAAAUGUUAGAUAUGUCUGUCCCUGCAGUUGCUAAAUUGAGACGCCUUUUAGAUAGUCUUCCAAGAGAAGCUUUACCAGACAUUCUGACUUCAAUUAUCCGAACAAGCAACAAAGAGAAGCUCCAGAUUUUAGAUGCGGUGAGUCUAGAGGAACGGUUCAAGAUGACCAUACCGCUACUCGUCAGACAAAUUGAAGGCCUGAAAUUGCUUCAGAAAACCAGAAAACACAAGCAAGAUGAUGAUAAGCGGGUUAUAGCAAUACGUCCUAUUAGGAGGAUUACACACAUCCCAGGAGCUUUAGAAGAUGAUGAUGAGGAUGAAGACAAUGAUGACAUCGUCAUGCUAGAGAGAAAAAUACGAACAUCCAGUAUGCCAGAGCAGGCCCAUAAGGUCUGUGUCAAAGAGAUAAAAAGACUCAAAAAAAUGCCUCAGUCAAUGCCAGAAUAUGCUCUGACUAGAAAUUAUUUAGAACUUAUGGUGGAACUUCCUUGGAACAAAAGUACAACUGACCGUCUGGACAUUCGAGCAGCCCGGAUUCUUCUGGAUAAUGAUCAUUAUGCUAUGGAAAAACUGAAGAAAAGAGUGCUGGAAUACUUGGCUGUCAGACAGCUGAAGAACAACCUGAAGGGCCCUAUUCUAUGCUUCGUUGGCCCCCCUGGAGUUGGUAAAACAAGUGUGGGAAGAUCAGUGGCUAAAACUCUUGGUCGAGAGUUCCACAGGAUUGCACUUGGAGGAGUGUGUGAUCAGUCUGACAUUCGAGGACACAGGCGGACCUAUGUCGGCAGCAUGCCUGGGCGUAUAAUCAAUGGCUUGAAGACUGUUGGAGUUAACAAUCCCGUGUUCCUAUUAGAUGAGGUGGACAAACUAGGAAAAAGUCUACAGGGUGAUCCCGCAGCAGCUCUGCUUGAGGUGUUGGAUCCUGAACAAAACCAUAACUUCACAGAUCAUUAUCUAAAUGUGGCCUUUGACCUUUCCCAAGUUCUUUUUAUAGCUACUGCCAAUACCACUGCAACUAUUCCACCUGCCUUGUUGGACAGAAUGGAGAUCAUUCAGGUCCCAGGGUAUACACAAGAGGAGAAGAUCGAGAUUGCCCACAGGCACUUGAUCCCAAAGCAACUGGAACAGCAUGGACUGACUCCUCAGCAGAUUCAGAUCCCACAGGUUACUACUCUUGACAUCAUCACCAGGUAUACCAGGGAGGCAGGGGUUCGAUCUCUGGACAGGAAGUUUGGGGCCAUUUGCCGAGCUGUUGCUGUGAAGGUGGCAGAAGGACAACAUAAAGAAGCCAAGUUGGACCGUUCUGAUGUGGCUGAGGGAGAAGGUUGCAGAGAACAGAUCUUAGAAGAUGCAAAACCUGAAUCUGUCAGUGACACUCCGGACUUAGCCCUACCACCUGAAAUGCCGAUUUUGAUUGAUUUCCAUGCUCUGAAAGACAUCCUUGGGCCCCCGAUGUAUGAAAUGGAGGUGAUUGUUCUCAUUUCUUUGUUGAUGGCCUCCAGUUUACUCUGAUGGCUGCUUCACAGGUUGGAGGAGAGUCAGAACAGGUUUGGGAGGCUGAAUUUUGUCUGGAGAUUGGAAACUUGUUUUCUCCAUGGUAUUGAAUUUUAGUGCCUGGUGUGAUAAUAAGUAAGUCUUUUGCAGAGAGCCAGAGACUCUGGCCACACCCUUUUCUGGAAACUCGGUCUGAUCUUAUUCUCUGCCCUCCAGUUCCAUUUUAACAAGUGUCUCUGACUUUCCUUCCUAGAAAUUCUAUAUUCCCAUUAAUGCCUAAUUAAGGAUUUUUUUGUGCUAUCAGAGUCUUGGGGGACAGAGGCAGGGAAACAACCUAAGUAUAAAAUAUCUGAAAACGUGAGCCUAGCUUUAACUGCCCUAGUGCAGACCCAGACUGCAUCUUUCAGAAAUCUGUCAUUUUGUUGUUAAUAGCUCCUUGGGUUAAAGCCACGCAGCCCUAUUAACAUCUUUCUCCCCUAACUGUCCCUCACCACAGAAUGUCCAGUCAGAAAGGCCUGAGCCCCAGGACUUAGUUGAGGCAGGUGGAUGGAAAAAGGUAUUGAGUCUGUGUCUGCUGAGGCAUUUUGAUACAUUGCAUAGGAUUCUUACAUGAGCUAGUAUGGGUCAGUGACUGGAAAAAAUUUUUGUUAUACUACUGAACAUAGCAUGUUCUUCAAAAGCUUUACCAUCACCUCCUAUCAGUUUAAGAAAAAAAAUGAUUUUCAGAAGAAUAAGUCUGAUAAAUUAUACAGAAGAUAACCUCUCCCUCUGACAUUCAAAAUCACUACUAGUAGAUGCGGUUUUCCUCAAAUCUUAAAACUGUGGAGAGGAGGGGCG